AUGUUUCAGACUAACGGUCGGGAGGUUCGAAAUGUACUGGGAGAGAUACAACGCACCGUGCGUCAGCAAACACACCGAAGCCCGCCAAAGGAAGAUGAUCAAAUGGACACGGACACUAACACAGAUGAGAAGGAAUUCGAUGAUUUCAGCAAGCCAAACUGAGCGCCUUACGGUCUACUCUGGAAGCAGCGUUCGGAGAAAUUACAAGGACAAGCAGUCAGCACAUCAGGGGGACUAGGUCGGAAGAUUUUGAUGAGUUUAUACGAAGAUUCGAAAGGAAAUAUAGGACGGUCAUUAUGAAUGAGCAAGUUCUAAUCGAUAUCCUAGGCGUGAGAGUGGUUGAGCCGUCAGAGAUGCCACUGGUAGGAAACAUGGCGACAGCGUGGGCUCAUAUGAUGGAUAUGCGGGUUCCAGCAAUACUGGACACAGGGUCUAUCAAAGAUGGAACUUUGGUGUACGUGGCCCCAAAAAGUGCUCGCUAUAAGAUCUUUCACGAAGCGCAGGAACAUUUGCUGGGCAUUUCAGUGCUUACAAAUUGUUGAACAGACUCAAGAAAGAAGUAUUCUGGCCUACCAUGGUUCAGGAUAUCAACAAGUGGACAAGGGAGUGCCAGCUUUGCUUCGCGCAUAA